CUCCUUGAUGGUUCAGACGGAAAUAGGAAUGGAUUCCCCGCCAUGCGUGACUUUGUUCAGAGAGUGGUGGAGAAACUCCAUGUGGAUGAAGGCAGAGACCGCGUUUCUGUGGUCCAGUACAGCCAAGAGCCCGAGGCUAGUUUCUAUCUGAACACCUACACCACAAAGGAAGAGGUUCUGGAACAUGUCCGCGGUCUGAGGCACAAAGGAGGGAGACCCCUCAACACCGGGUCAGCCCUCCAGUAUGUGAGAGACAGUGUCCUCAGUGAUUCCUCUGGCAGUAGACGCCUGCAGGGUGUCCCACAGAUACUGAUUUUACUGAACGGUGGAAAGUCUUCUGACAGUGUGGACACGCCAGCCUCUGCUCUUAGGGAGCUGGGAGUGAAAAUCUUUACCAUUGGCAACAGAUACUCUGACAGCAGAGAAUUGCAGAGGAUUUCAAAAGAGCCUAGCAAUGCAGUGUCAGUGUCUGACUUCAGUGACCUCCCCAGUGUUCAGGAGCAGCUCUUGGAUUCCGUAGAAACCGUUGUCGUCUCUGUGACACCAACAACCCCAACUGUCUUAGUUGACCAAACCGCACCCAGAAAGGAUGUUGUAUUCCUGCUGGAUGGCUCUGAUUACACUAGGAAUGCCUUCCCAGCUAUGAAGGACUUUGUUCAGAGGGUAGUGGAGAAGCUAAAUGUGAUGGAGAACAGAGAUCGUGUGUCUGUGGUCCAAUACAGCAGAGACCCAGAGGCCCAUUUCUAUCUGAACACAUACACAGGAAAGGAAGAAACUCUUGACGCUGUGAGAGCUCUGAGGCACAAAGGAGGCAGGCCCCUCAACACCGGGGCGGCUCUCCAGUACGUGAGAGACAGCGCCUUCUCUCCUUCCGCUGGCAGCAGACGGCAAGAGGGUGUUCCUCAAAUUCUAAUCCUGCUGAGCGGAGCGAGGUCUAGCGAUAACGUAGACACCCCAGCCACCUCUCUCAAAGAGAGUGGCGUCUUAAUCUUUGCUAUUGGCACCAAAAAUUCCAGCCGAGAGGUUGAGAAGAUUUCUUCCGAUCCUACCUAUGCCCAGUCUGUGUCAGACUUUUCGGAGCUGCCAAAUGUCCAGCAGCAAUUCCUGGCCUCUGUGAACACUGCUGUCUUGGAGGUAACACAGACAUCACCACCGGUUUUGGUUGACAGAAGAAUCCCCCGAAAAGACGUGGUGUUCAUGCUGGAUGGUUCCGAUGGAACAAGGAACGUGUUCCCAGCAGUGCUUGACUUUGUUCAGAGAGUGGUGGAGAAACUAAAUGUGGGUGAGGGCAAAGACCGUGUGUCUGUGGUCCAGUACAGCAGAGACCCAGUGGCCCACUUCUACCUAAACACCCACUCAAGGAAGGAAGAUGUUCUUGAGAAUGUUAGAAGUCUGAGACAUAAAGGAGGAAGGCCCCUCAACACUGGUGCAGCUCUCCAGUAUGUGAGGGAGAACGUGUUCACAGCCUCCUCCGGUUCUAGACGCUUAGAAGGUGUGCCACAAAUGCUGAUCCUGCUUAGCGGUGGAAAGUCUUUUGACAGCGUGGACGCUCCAGCCUCGGCUCUUAAACAGCUGGGAGUGCAGAUCAUUCCAAUUGGAAGCAGGAACUCUGACAGCAGAGAGCUGCAGAGGAUCUCACACGACCCUAGUUACGCAAUGUCAGUGUCCGACUUCAGUGACCUUCCAAGUGUUCAACAGCAACUUCUCUCUGUCGUGAGCCCAGUAGUAGUGGAGGCCACUCCCAAAACACCGACAGUCAUAGGUAAGAACACAUGUGUCUGUUGUGUCUUUUUUGUGCCAUGCUGCAGGAUGAUGUAGUUGUGUUAGCUAAAGAAAACAAAAACUGUUAGCUCAUUUACUCAGUCUGACAUUAGGGCCAAAACAGGGCUUGAUGCCCGUGGAAUUAGUUGCAAAGUGUGCUUGGCAGAG